GACGUGGGUGUUUCUGAGAGUGCGCAGUAAGGUCGGUCGACCGCGAGCGAUCAGCCUAGGCCGGGGACUGGAAGCGACGCGGAGAUGGGGGCGGCGGCCGCGGAGGCCGACCGCACUCUGUUCGUGGGCAACCUGGAGACGAAGGUGACGGAGGAACUCCUCUUCGAGCUGUUCCACCAGGCUGGACCAGUAAUAAAGGUGAAAAUCCCGAAAGAUAAAGAUGGCAAACUGAAGCAGUUUGCAUUUGUGAAUUUCAAACACGAAGUGUCUGUUCCCUAUGCCAUGAAUCUUCUCAAUGGAAUCAAACUUUUUGGGAGGCCUAUCAAAAUUCAGUUUAGAUCAGGAAGUAGUCACGCUUCUCAGGAUGCCAGUGUGUCAUACCCCCAGCAUCAUGUUGGAAAUUUAAGCCCAACCUCCACAUCUCCAAACAGCUAUGAGAGGAUGGUGAGUAACGUGACUCCAUCAGCACAGAUGGUCCAGAGGUCCUUUUCUUCUCCAGAAGAUUAUCAGCGGCAAGCAGUGAUGAACAGUGUUUUCAGACAGAUGUCAUAUGUUGGGAAAUUUGGUUCUCCACAUGCAGAUCAGUCGGGAUUUUCACCAUCAGUUCAGCCACAUGGUCAUAGCUUUAAUCAAUCUUCUAGCUCCCAGUGGCGCCAAGAUGCACUGUCAUCCCAGCGUAAAAGACAGAAUUCUCACCCCUACCUAGCAGAUAGACACUACAGCCGUGAGCAGCGCUACUCUGAUCAUGGGUCUGACUAUCAUUACAGAGGAAACAGAGAGGAUUCCUACUAUGACGACAGGAAUCGUGAUGGCUGGAGUCAUGACUAUGACAACAGAAGGGACAGUAGAGGUGGGAAAUGGCCCUCAUCUCGACACUAACAAGCAUUCCAAGGACAUUGUUUACAGGGCCAUUUUAGGUCCUUUUAAUUAAGUUCUUCCAGAAGUAUUUCUAAAAAUUGUACAGAGUUGCCCCACGAUUUGCCACCUGUCUUUGAAAAAAAAAUUUUUUAAAACCUAGCAGCAGUUUCAUGGAGAACCAACAGCUGGGCUCCUUGUUUGUUACUCUUAAUUACCUUACCUCUGGUUUCUGAAGAGGAAGGGUUUUAUGAAAGAAUUUGCCACUAUUCUGGUCAUUUCAGACAGUCUAAGAAAGAAGAACUGUAUAGAUUGGUUGUAUUAUAAAGCAAAUAUUUUAAUUAUCUCACCCUUAUUGUUGCAAGAAAUUUUGUAAUGUGUCAUUUUGGUGAAUAUAAUAAGCAUCCAAGUUGGUAGUCUGAAAUGGCUUUCUGAAUUUUGUUAACAAAUGAAAAAAUAGAACUUUCAGUAAUCCAUUUAUUAAUAGUUUAUUUAAAACAAUUUAUUGGUUUUGUUUGGGGAUAAGUCAUAUUUCUUAACUCAGAAUUUAAGUACAAAUUUUGUGGUAGGCUCUUGAAUUUUACCACAAUUGAACAUACAUUAUAAAUCUAUACUAGUUCAUUCUAAGAACUUUAAAAUUCUGUCAUUAAAUUAUAUUUGUUGUAUGACUAGUCGCUCAGGAAGUUAAAUACCUUCAUGUAUAUUUUUACAUUAAAUGACAUGACGAAAACUUUUUAGAGGAACAACAAUGUUAAUACACAGAGAAAAUGGCAAAAGGUUUCAGUGCAAGGCUUAUAAUUUUGAAUUUCUGUUUAACAAACCUAAAAUGUUUCAAGAUCCUGUUGCUCUUCCACUGCAAAAUCUUUUUUGAGGAAUUUGUUCCAUGAAAAAUUUAGGAUCCUCUUUAUUACCACAGCAUUUAUACUAUGUUCCUUAAUAUAUUAAAUCCAUAAAAAGAU